CCGAGUUAAAUGAAUCAAAAAGAAACGACGGCGUUUUCUCCUCCGAUUGGUAUAAACCCUAAAUGGGCGAAAUCAUAAAUCCAGUUCGCGAUUCAAGCUCGAUUCUCUUCGAUCUCGUCCUUAAGAAUCUCGAUUCUCAUCUCUCCUUCUUCGAGUAUCGCAUGAUGAGUUCGGGUUGUGAGGAUUCGUCUGUGAAUACAAUGGGAAUUCGUGGUAUCCCGGAGCAAUGCGGCUGUGGUCGAAGAACUGGGAUAUACACAUCAAAAACGAAGGUCAAUCCAGGAAGAACUUUCUUUAGAUGCCCAACGUUUCAAAAUGAUCACUUGUAUAAAUGGGUAGAUGAAGCUGUCUACGAAGAGGUUCAAGAUGCAUUGCCAAAAGUUGAGUGCUUUGCAUCAGAUGUUAUGAAACUUAAAAUGGAGAUCGAAAGCAUGAAAACCGUGGAGGAAGAGUUGAAAGAAGAUGUUAGGAAGGCGAGCAAUGAACUUAAGAAGCUGAAUGUGAUCAUGAAAGUGGGUUUUUCGGUGGUUUGUUUAUGCGGUGUGAUAUGUCUUGUGUUGAUCAUGUUUGACAAAGCAUAUGGGUUGUCUAUGAAUAGCUACUAGGAGACUCUGUUUAUGUAAGGCUAUGUUUAUGUAAGACUCAUGGUUCAUGUAAGGCUAUGUUUUAAGACAAUGUUUCAAUAAUAUUUAUGUUUUACUUCUUGAUUGUUUAUAGAAGGACAAAUGAACACACCAAUGAACAGACCAUCAUGAUGAAAACACAAAGAUAAUAACCGACAGUUUCAAAUUAAAACAGCAGGAAGAAAAGAAAGAAAAAGGUAGUUCUAGUUCCAAAAGCAUUCAGACAGAGACACUAUCAUAAACAACACACAACGAAAGCAUUCAGACAGAGACCAUCAUAAACAACACACAAGCAUCUAAAAAACCAUCUUCCCCACGCUGCUGUCUGUGAUGCUUCAGCUUGUGAGGAUUGAGGAACUUCCCAUCGUGAUGAUUGAGCUUGUGAGGAUUGACCUUCUGAAGAUUGAGGAACUUCCCAUGCUGAUGCUUGAGCUUGUGAGGAUUGAUUUUGUGAGGUUUGAGCUUCUGAGGAUUGAGCUUGUGACUCGCCAAAGUGUAGUCCCUGCAACAUAUAAAUGAAUUGUUAGACACAUUACCGAGAGCUAAAAACAAUGAGAUAGAAACUAAGACCCUAACCUGAUAUUUCCUUGGUCUGCCUCUUGGUUUCUUAGGUGGACUCUCAACAAAAGCCUUCCGACAUGUAUUCUUGUAGUGCCCUUCUUCUUUGCAAUUAGAGCAAGUCAUUACCCUGUUCGCACGACUCAGCUUGGUAGUAGACACUGUCUCAUUGGUUCCCUUCUUUCGAUCAUGGUUUUUAGGCCUACCAGGCUUGCCAUUUCGAUUAGGUGGUGGAAUCACACCUAAUCUAUUGGUCCGAGGCCACUCUAUCAUCCCAUUUACAGGUCUGAUCCCAAAACUGUAGGUUUCACGCCACUUAGAGGUUGUGUAGAAAGGAGCAACAAAUUCAGAGAGUUUUCUACCCACGCCAAGGAUGACCUUAGCAGCAUGGAUGCAUGGAAUACCAUUCAUUUGCCAGCUUCGACAUGCACAAGUCUCAUUCUCCAAAUUCACCACGUAAGACUGGUCUCUAUCUUCCACCUCAGUCUCUGGCCCAAUUGCCCAACGCAGACUACAUUCUUUUGACUUCUUCUCAACCCUGUCUAACUCUUUAUGUGUCUUUGGGGUGAACCUAGUCUUCCUGUCCUUAGCCAUCUUAGACCUAUUGUAGUUCCUAGUCAUACAUUGGCGCCUAAUCUCCUCUAACAUGUCUAGCAGAGGUUUCUUCCUAGGCUCCCUGAUGGUCUUGUUGAAGGACUCACACAAGUUGUUCAGAUUAUCAUUACAGUAGGAGCCUAUCUUGAAGAAAGCUCUAGACCAAGUCUAUGGCUUUGUCUUCGUCUUGGCCUUAAUGCAUGAGUUUUUUAAAACUUCCAUCUUAUACUCCUUCAAUAUCUCAGCCUGUAUCUCCUUUGCCGUGAGCUUAGGAUUCAGCCUUAACCUCUCAGCAAAUAGACUUGCAAUUGCUGACCUCUUAAGUAUCUUGGAAUACCCUGUCCUCUCACACUUAUGGUCAUUGACGUAUGUUUUUACCAUCAACUUCUGUUUCCUCCUAUCAUACGAACAGUAGACCAUCCAGGGACAAGGAGCCUCAUCAUCUCUCAUCUCAGCGGCACAUUUUGCACCCAUCUUCAAGCUACUGGAUCUGUAGUACUUGAUGUUGUAUCUGGUUUUCAGGGUAUACCUCAGACAAGCAUGUUUGAAGUCCUUCAGCAUCUGAAAAUGUCUUGCCUAGCUGAAGGAGCUCCUCUGGAUCAGUGUCUUCUCUGUAAGCUUGCGCAGGUCUCAUCUCCUCUUCAUUCUCAUCAUCUGAUGACACAGGAUCAGGGAUUUUAUCAUCAUCCCAUGCAUCAUCAUCGCCUUCGUCUUCAUCAACCUCACAGUCAUCAUUUUUUGCUUUAUCACCAAAAUAAAGACUCAAAUCUGUACAACCAACUUCUUCAAUGCCAGCAAUACCGUUCUCAUCUUCCCUACCAUCAUCACCUAUAUCCCCAAAUUCCUCAAUCUGGAGAAAUUCUUCUCUGUCAUCACCAUCAUCACCUAGACUCCUCUCCGAGUUUACCUUCUGCUUCUUCGAUUGUCUAGGAGACACAGGCGACCCGCCAUAUGAAGUUCCCCGCCUUGUCUUCUUCGCAACUGUUGAUGCCAACAUCUCAGUCUCUGGCCAUUCCUCUCUGUCAUCACCAGAAGGAGCCAUAUUUACCUUCUGCUUCUUCAAAACUCUAGGAGACAGAGUUGAACCACGCCUCGUGGCCUUCACCGGAGAUGGCGACCCAUAUGAAGUUCCCCUCCUCGUGGUCUUCUCCGGAGAUGACGCAGGCGACCCAUAUGAAGUUCCCCGCCUUGUCUUCGACGCCUUCGACACCUCUGUAGAUGCCAACAUCGAUAUCCCUUCAACGCUUUUACGAAUCCUCGAUCUCUCCGGCGAUGACAAACUCACAGAAGCAUCGCGUUCUCCACCCUUCUUCGACUCUUGAACCGCUUCGUCACUCCCGUAAUCGAAAUUCCUCAUCGCUCCGAAAAUCAUUACCUCCCUUCCAUUCCUUGUGAACUUCGUCUUUACCAUCUCCUCACCAUUACAAGAGAAAUCCCCAAAUCGAUUUGAGAAAUUAGGGUUACGUUCAAACACGGGUUUCAUUUUGUUUGAUUGAAAUCAAACACAUCUUUUGAUCAAUAAAAAUAAACAUGUGUGAUAAUCUUCCGAAAAGUCCACUAGCUCAGUGGCAAAACCCCCUUAGGACCACGAGUGCACGGGUUCGAGUCCAGCUAACAACAAUUUUAAUUAAGCAAAACGACGUCGUCUUGAGAUUUUGUGUUUAACAAAACAACUGAAUGAAACGACGUAGUUUCACUAAACGGAAGUAAUUAACGGUGAGUUAACACUGUCUUAACUGUCGGUUAACGGUGUGUUAAUCUGGUUAGUCAACCGUAAGUUUGUGAAUUAACUAAAAAAGUCAACAAAAGAUCUGGGUUUUAUUGGUCAGGCUCGAGUACAGGUUUCUUUUGGCAAUUCCCGCAAAGUUCAGUGUUUUUUUGGCCAAUUUCUCGAUUAAAUAACCAAUAACGAGUAUGAUGUACAAAUUGACGUGGCUUGUGAGUUGUGACUGUUGGAUCAAUUAAUUAAGGUAAAUGGGCCUCAAAAUUAAUCGAAAAAAUGUGAAUAUAAAUGGGCCACUUGGUGGUUGUAUUUUAAAUGAAAGAAGAGGAGAAGCAACAUCCCACAUCGGCUGGGAAAAGAAAAGUUGAGUACUAUGUAUAAGCUCUUGUAUUAUGAGUGGUUAAACAGCUCAGUGGAAGAGAGAGCUCCCCACGCACGCGCCGCCGCCGUCCGGCCGGCUCGGCGUCGGCUUGGGUGUCGGGCCUUUGGUCCGAUAAAAAGUAUUUUUUUUGGACCAAGUUAAGCUCAACGUUUUGCCAUUUAUUUCGGG